UCGGACAUCGCUAGUGGAUGUCAGAGAAACGAGCUCGAGCUACCUGCAGGAACACCGAAGAACUGAUCCGCGGGACUGGCGCGAGAGACCUAAUCCACCAACGACAUGUGGAGACACUUGAGGAAAGCGCUUGCGAGUAACUUAAAAUAACUAACUUUAUCAGGAAUUUUUUUUAUAAUACAUAUAAAACGCGCCGGUUCCGUUUCAGGUCGCAGUUUAGUGUGUUGCAGGAAUGCGUUGGAGUUUGUGCUCUGUUCGACUCCAACAGAUGCUCGUCUUUGAACAACAGCGACGUUGUUUAUGAAUUGGGGAAGAUUUGAAGCCAGGCUCAGCCAGUCCGGAGCACCCGAGAGAGAGGGGGAGAGAGGAGACGAGGGGAGGGAGGAGAGAGGAGAGAGGCGGGGAGGAGAGGGGCGCCCAGAAAACGCCCUGCUGCUGAAUCCUCUCAAAAUUAAAACUUUAUCGCGCCAUUAACGGUACGCUCGCACUGAAGGAUGAGAAGUUUGAUUCGGCUCAAUUGUUUAAAGUAGCCACUUCAUAGAUUGUUGUGAGGGGGAAAGUUUGGAAAACCUCAAUUGUUCCCAUUGGAUUAUUUUUUUUUUGUCCGCUUUAUUCUGGACAAGCACGGGGUACUUUUUGGAGGGCGGCGAGUAGGAGGCUGUCUAGGCCCGCUGCUCGACAACUUGAAAUAAGAUCUUGUAUCUUUAAUGUGAACCAGAAAAGUUGGGCAGAUCGCUCGUCAUUGCUCAGACUGGCGCCAGGACAAAGCAAAAAUGUCGCUAGGAGCGGAGAGAAGGAUGGAAACCCGGUUGAGAAAACUGGAAGCCAUGCUCAAAGAGCCGCGGUCUGCGAUCAACUUGGAAAGUUUGCUGGACUCCAUGAAUGCCAUGGUUUUAGAUUUGGAUUUUCCAGCCUUGCGUAAAAAUAAGAACAUUGAGACCUUCUUGAACAGAUAUGAGAAAGUUAUGGGCCAAAUGAGGGAGCUCCAGAUGAAGCCGGAUGAUUUUGACCGAGUGAAGGUGAUCGGUAGAGGAGCGUUUGGAGAAGUCCGGCUGGUUAGGCAUAAGGCCUCUCAGAAGGUGUAUGCAAUGAAGGUGCUCAGCAAGUUUGAAAUGAUCAAACGCUCAGAUUCUGCCUUCUUCUGGGAGGAGCGUGACAUCAUGGCGUUUGCUGACAGCCCAUGGGUCGUACAGCUGUGCUGUGCGUUCCAGGAUGACCGUUCUCUUUACAUGGUAAUGGAAUACAUGCCAGGAGGAGAUCUUGUCAAUCUCACCAGUACAUAUGAUGUCCCAGAGAAGUGGGCAAAGUUUUACACUGCUGAGGUUGUGUUGGCUCUGGACGCCAUUCACUCUAUGGGCUUUGUCCACCGAGACAUCAAACCAGACAACAUGCUGCUGGACCGCUACGGACACCUCAAACUUGCCGACUUUGGGACCUGCAUGAAAAUGGAUGGGACGGGGAUGGUUCAUUGUGACACUGCGGUCGGGACCCCUGAUUACAUCUCGCCGGAGGUUCUUAAGUCUCAGGGAGGGGAUGGAUACUACGGACGCGAGUGUGACUGGUGGUCAGUUGGAGUAUUUAUCUACGAGAUGCUGGUUGGUGAUACACCGUUUUAUGCAGAUUCUCUGGUCGGGACCUACAGUAAGAUUAUGGACCAUAAGAACUCCCUUAACUUCCCCGAUGACGUUGAGAUCUCUCAAGAAGCCAAAAACAUCAUCUGUGCCUUCCUAACAGAGAGGGAGAUUCGACUGGGACGAAAUGGUGUAGAAGAAAUUAAAAAACAUCCUUUCUUCAAAAACGACCAGUGGACAUUCAACACCAUCAGAGAGACUGCAGCACCUGUGGUUCCAGAGCUGAUAAGUGACAUAGACACCAGUAAUUUUGAUGAGAUAGAGGAAGAUAAAGGAGAAGUAGAGACCUUUCCCACACCUAAAGCCUUCGUUGGAAAUCAGCUGCCCUUUGUGGGGUUCACUUACUUUAAAGAAGACCAGUUGUUGAAUGCUGUUAACAGUUCAGCAAUGAAAAAAGAUCAAGUAUCCAAGACAGAGGACAGUUUAGCUCUCCAGAAGAAAAUUAACUCUUUAGAAGAGCAGCUCAACAAUGAAAUGCAGACCAAAGAGGAGUUGGAGCAAAAAUACAGAAGCAACUGUAGCCGCCUUGAGAAGAUCACCAAAGAGCUUGAUGAAGAAAUGAAUAGCAGAAAAGGGUUGGAGACGACUCUGAGACAGCUGGAGAGAGAGAAGGCUCUCCUGCAGCACAAGAGCGUAGAGAGUCACCGCAGGGCAGAGAGUGAAGCCGACCGCAAACGCUGCUUAGAGAAUGAAGUGAACAGUCUGAGGGAUCAGCUGGAUGAAAUGAAGAAGAAAAACCAGAACUCUCACAUCUCCAAUGAGAAGAACAUCCACCUGCAGAAACAGCUGGAUGAGGCAAACGCGUCACUGCGGGCGGAAUCUGAUGCUGCUGCCAGGCUGCGUAAAGCUCAGACAGAGAGCUCAAAACAGCUGCAGCAGCUGGAGGCUCACGCGAGAGAACUGCAGGACAAAUGCUGCAUGCUAGAGAACAGCAAGCUCACACUAGAGAGAGACAACAUCAGCCUGCAGGCCGCGCUGGACGCAGAGAAACGAGAGCACACCCAGGGCUCUGAGACCAUCUCUGAUCUACAGGCACGCAUCUCUGGUUUGGAGGAGGAAGUGAAACAGGUGAGACAGGCCCUGUCUAAAGCUGAGACGGAGAAAAGGCAACUCCAGGAGAAGCUUACAGACCUGGAAAAGGAGAAGAGCAAUAACCAGAUUGACAUGACCUAUAAGCUGAAGAUUUUGCAGCAGGGUUUGGAGCAGGAGGAGGCGGCACACAAGGCCACAAAAGCUCGACUUGCUGAUAAGAACAAGAUCAGCGAGUCCAUCGAAGGAGCCAAAUCUGAGGCUGUGAAGGAGCUGGAACAGAAGCUGCAGGAGGAACGUUCCUCUAAACUGCGUGUGGAGAACAGGGUGUUAGAACUGGAGAAGAAGAACUCCAUGCUUGACUGCGACUAUAAACAGUCACUGCAGAAACUAGAGGAAUUGCGACGACGCAAAGAGAGACUCACAGAAGAGGUGAAUAAUCUGAGUCUGAAGAUUGAGCAAGAGAUUCAGAAACGCGCUUUGACUCAGAAUGACCUAAAGGUUCAGAACCAGCAGCUCAACACCCUGCGAACUUCAGAGAAACAACUCAAACAGGAGAUAAACCACCUGUUGGAAAUCAAACGCAGCCUAGAGAAGCAAAAUAUGGAACUGCGCAAGGAGCGUCAGGAUUCUGAUGGACAGAUGAAGGAACUACAGGAUCAGUUAGAGGCAGAGCAGUAUUUCUCUACGCUGUAUAAGACACAGGUGCGGGAGCUGAAGGAAGAGUGCGAGGAGAAAAAUAAACUCUAUAAAGACAUGCAGCAGAGUCUACAGGAGCUACAGGAGGAAAGGGAUUCUCUUGCGGCCCAGUUAGAGAUCACACUAACGAAGGCUGACUCGGAGCAGCUGGCGCGCUCCAUUGCAGAGGAGCAGUAUUCCGACCUGGAGAAGGAGAAGAUCAUGAAGGAGCUGGAGAUCAAAGAGAUGAUGGCCAGACACAGACAGGAGCUCGCUGAAAAAGACACCACCAUCACCUCAUUAGAGGAAGCUAAUCGCACAUUGACGAAUGAUGUGGCAAACUUGGCCAAUGAGAAAGAAGAACUGAACAACAAAGUAAAGGAAACACAAGACUACCUGCAGAAUCUCAAGAAUGAAGAGCAGUCCAUCAUUCAAGUGAAACUAGCCCUUGAGAAACAGCUUCAGUCGGAGAGAACUCUCAAAACACAAGCGGUGAACAAGCUGGCAGAGAUCAUGAAUAGAAAGGAGGUCAGAGGUGGUGGAAGUCGCCGUGGAAAUGAUACAGACGUGAGGAGGAAGGAGAAAGAAAACAGGAAGUUGCAGCUGGAGCUGCGUUCUGAGAGGGAGAAGCUCAACAGCUCUAUCAUCAAAUACCAGAGAGAAAUCAAUGACAUGCAAGCGCAACUGGCAGAAGAGUCUCAGGUGCGUGUCGAGCUGCAGAUGGCUCUGGACAGUAAAGACAGCGAUAUCGAGCAGCUGCGCUGCCUGCUGAACUCUCUAAACGUCCAGUCGCUGGACUCUGCCAGUAUGAGCAGCGGCCCAGAAAUGGACACUGAUGAAUCACUAGCAGAGACAAGACUGGAGGGUUGGCUAUCUUUACCAGUGAGGAACAACACCAAACGAUUUGGGUGGGAAAGGAAGUAUGUUGUGGUGAGCAGCAAGAAGAUUCUCUUCUACAACAGUGAGCAGGACAAAGAGCUUUCCAAUCCUUACAUGGUGUUGGACAUAGAUAAACUUUUUCAUGUGCGUUCGGUGACCCAGACGGACGUCUACCGUGCUGACGCCAAAGAGAUCCCCAGAAUAUUCCAGAUCUUGUACGCUAAUGAGGGUGAAAGCAAGAAAGAGCAAGAACUGGAACCUCUUCCUGGGGACAAGUCCAGCUACAUUUGCCAUAAGGGUCAUGAGUUCAUUCCCACCCUGUACCACUUCCCAACGAACUGUGAAGCCUGUACCAAACCCCUGUGGAACAUGUUUAAACCACCUCCAGCUCUCGAGUGCAGACGAUGUCACAUCAAGUGCCACAAAGACCACAUGGACAAGAAAGAGGAAAUCAUUGCUCCGUGUAAAGUGAACUAUGACGUGUCUACGGCUAAAAAUCUGCUGCUGUUAGCAUUGUCUCAGGAGGAACAGCAGAAGUGGGUUAGUCGGCUCAUGAAGAAGAUCCCCAAAAAACCUCCAGCACCAGAUGCCACUCACCGCUCUUCUCCCAGAGCUCCUGUUAAAGUACAAAACAGUCAGUCCUUAAAGAGAUCCAGCCGACCAAUACCCCCCGGCAAACCCAGGUCUGUACACAACAUAAUGGACCCAACAGCAUGUGCAGAGAAAUCCGGCUUCAUCUACCACAAGGGACAUGAGUUUAUUCCUUUAUUCUACCACUUUCCUGCCAACUGCGAGGCCUGUACCAAACCCCUGUGGAACAUGUUCAAACCUCCUCUGGCUCUGGAAUGCCAGAGAUGUCAGAUCAAAUGCCACAAGGAGCACAUGGACAAGAGAGAGGAAAGUCUCGGACCCUGUACUCCAGACCAGUUCAACACUGGAUGAGAGGAGGAGACUGCCGGCCUGGAAGUUGGAUGGAGGAUGUAUCAAAUGUUUAUUUGUUAGGAUGCUUCAGAAUGCUUCAUUGAGCCUUCAAUGUUUAAAUCACGGUGUCUGACUAACAGAAUAACAUUUACGGUCUUUGCUAAUGGUGGCUUGCCGGAUAGAAAGCUUAAACAGUGUUAUGCUGGGCUACCUUUUGUAACUUUGGAUGCAAGAUGACAGCUUAGACAUUAACAAAGCACUUUUUCUCUUUUGUAUCAAAUCAGGUUUUUAAUUGUGACUAAGAACACUGAAUUUGAAGGCUAAAUACUAAAAGUAUGUGUCAGAAGAAGACUUAAAACUUCUCACAAGAGCUCUGUAUCUUCAAAUUGAUUGCACAUUUAGCAUUAAAAUCAGGAUGCAUACAGAUAUACAGCCUUUAAAGCUUCAGCAGUGGACAGUGGCUGAUCUUAUUUUUAAGGUGUAGCUCUAGUAAUUACCUCUUAGCUUCAUCUUAGCAAACUACCUCCAGGCCUUACUGAGACGAGGUUGGUGAAAGCUUGGCUGAAUGCUUUCUCCUCCACCUGCAGGCUUCUGGAUCCGGAGCUUCAGGACUGGCACUGGGCUCUGGAUGACGUGGAUGUUGUAGAUUAUGACCAUACGUUUCAUUUCUGAGGAGCAUGUGUAGGGUGGAAACAGGGUAACUUCUUAACAUAGGGGCUCUGUUCCAAAACCUCCUAAACCACCCACUCUGCAACAUUUAGAUUAUUUGCUGUCAUAUAAUACACACUAAGGUAAUAUUUACAGUUAUUAAUUUGAUAACAUAAAUUAAAGAAAUGUAUAUACAGUACAUUAUUAUGUUGCUAAACGAAAUAGAAUUUUAAUAUCAGACGUUUAUCAGUUUGGGGUCAGUCAGAUUUUAAAAAAAAUAUAUUUUUGAAAGAAGUUUUUUAUGCUCAACAGAGCUGUAUUUAUUUGGUUAGAAAUACAGUAAUAUUGUAUAUGAAAUUUACAGAAAUAUUGUUCACAAAUAUGGAUACAAUUGAAAAUAACUUGGUUUUUAUUUGAAUAUAUUUUAAAGUGUAAUUUAUUCCUCUGAUGGCAAAGCUGAAAUUUCGGCAGGCAUCACUCCGGUCUUCAAUGUCACAUGAUUCUUCAGAAAUAGUUAUAUGCUGAUUUAAUGCUCAAGAAACAUUUUAUUAUUAAUGUUGAAAACAGUUGUGCUGCUUAAUAUUUUUGUAAAUAGUUCAAAAGAACAGCAUUUAUUUGGAAAAUAAAUCUUUAGUAACACAAGUGUCUUGACAGUCACUUUAGUCAUUUUAAUGCUUUCUUGUAAAAUAAAACUAUUAAUCUCCUUAAAAAAACCAUCUUGCUGACCCUAGAACAAAAUGUAUUAAUAAAACCAGUUAAAUCAAAUUAAAAAAGUUUUUUAAUCCACUUUUUGCAUGUUUAUUUUGUAUGUAAAUAUUUAUAUGCUAUUUGUGCUAACACUAGACUCUAGGCUGCUCACUUGGUUUUGGAACAGAGUCGUGGAGUGACUUUUUUGUGUGUGCAGUUGGAUUUGUUUGCCUUUGCAACAAAUUGAAGCAUGUUUGAGUGUUAACUGUUUGUUUGAAAGAUUUGGUCAAGAUGGGAUAUGGAGAACUUGCCAUGACCCAGCAGAAGUUUCUUUACCAAUUCUCAUGAACACCCUCUCUGCCCUCCAAGCCCACAGCAGGCACUCUUCAAAGCAAAGCUGAACAGUUUCUCCAAUCAUUUCUCAUUUACUAUUAAAGGAGAGGAGGUUUGUUCAGAGAAUUGGCAUUUGGCCUGCCUGUGUUUCUUAUUUGACCUUUGACCCUCUUGCCCUAGUCCCCCUCGACUGGACAUGCCAAAGAUGAGGCGAGAAGACUCCACCAACAGCCUUCUGAACAAAUGAGUCCGUUUGAUUACCAUGUUUACAAACUCUUUAAGAAGAAGACACUAUUUUUAUUUCUAGGUCUUUUUUAUUUGUUCCCUUUUGCUAUGAAAGUGUGCCACUUGUGUGUGUUUGCAGGUGUGUUGAUCUGCUUCUCUUGAGCAUGAUGGCACGCUGUGGUGCUUUCUUUUUUUAUAUGAACGAAGGAUUUUUCUUUCCUCUUGGGUUAAAAUGUGGUGAAACUAACUUUCUCUUUGUCUUUCUCGAUUUCUCCCUCAUUCUCUAGUUAACCUUGUAUUGGGAUUCUGGUGCUGCUACAUGGUGAUUUGGGGUUCUUCCUAUCACAUCAACAAAAGACCUUUAUAACUUUUCGCACAUUUUGGCAAAUCCCAAAAAAGUGAGAGAUGUACAAAUGUUGAAGAAGGCUUUGCUGUCGUGAUAUGGCUUUUAUUCUCUGGGCAUACGGUUGCUUCGACUUCAACAGCACAACAGUUCUACACAAAACUAAAGGGUCAGCGUCACACCAAACUACUUCAUUCAAGGCCAGAGUUGACCUGAACGCUAAGACUGAACCCCGCUGGACCGGCCAGAGAAUGUGGACGACAACUGGGUCCGACCAUAGUCUUUUUUUUUUUUUUUUAAUGGCUGAAUAUAGACAGUAGUGCAACACACCACAUAGAGUAAACGGCUAGAAAACACCACUACAUAUGUUUCUCAUUACUUACAUAAAUGCAAUGAAACUGUAGUGUUUCUUCUUGUAGUGUUUUUACUUUUGUUUACCCCACUGUGUGAUCAAAGCUUGAUUAAACCUUCUCCCAUGCAUCCCAUAAUGCUCUCCUGGACACCUGCACUGCUCACUCCUCAGUAUGAAUCGAAUGUAAUGAUGGUAUGAUUAACAGAUCAACAUCUAGAUGUGAGCUGUGCACGUGGGCAGGAGUUUCUUUUUUUUUUUUGUGAUUUGAAGUCAGUUUUUUGUUUGUUUCUUCACCCUAGCAAACAGUGUGUAUCUCUGGGUGUGCUGUGACUGCAUAUCAGUGUUCUUUUACACGUUAUAUAUAUAAAUAUAUGAAUAUACAGCGUAUAUUUGACCUGCCGUCUUACCAGUUGGUUUGCUAUUUAUACAGGUCUGGGCACUUUUUUUAUUUUAUUUUUAAAGCUCUGCCUCCAGAUUUGCAUGUUUUAUAUUGAUGUACUGUUUGACAAUAAAAUGAAAAGCAUAUGUAGCUUUGUUGUUUGGAAACCCUGUAUAACUUUUGCUUAUUUUUGUAAACACAAGUAGUUGGUUAAAUGGGUAUAUAGCUGUGAAUGUAGUAAAAAGGAAGUAAAGUUUUAAUAUAAACAAUGUGGUCAUUACUUUGUCUGCUUCUAUCACAGAAGUUAUACAUU